AUGCGACGAGUUGUCGUGACAGGGCUCGGUGCCAUCUCACCCUUCGGCGUCGGCGUGCGCAACACAUGGAAUCGUCUGUUAGCCGGAGAGUCUGCCAUCACCAGCGUGGCCAAUUUGGAACCGCGAACCCGCUGGAAAGAUCUGACGAGCACCGUUGCUGGCGUAGUCCCCAGCCAUGGCCCAGGUCCGGAACAGUGGCGGCCCGGCGACUGGCUGGAUGCCACGGAACAGCGUCGCAUGUCCAAGUUUGCCCAGUAUGCCGUGGCUUGUGCUGAGAUGGCGAUGAAAGAUGCCGGCUGGCAGCCGCAGAGCCAAGACGAUCUGGAAACGACGGGCGUCUGUCUUGGCAGCGGUAUCGGGAAUCUCGAGGAGAUUUACGAGGCAAGCUUGGCGUUCAAUCAACAAGGCUACAAGAAGGUUUCGCCGCUGUUCGUCCCCAAGAUCCUCAUCAACUUGGCCGCUGGUCAUGUCUCGAUGAAGUAUGGGCUACAAGGCCCGAACCAUGCCGUCACAACCGCAUGUACCACUGGUGCUCAUUCCAUCGGAGAUGCCAUGCGAUUCAUUGCUUUUGGGGAUGCAGAUGUCAUGGUCGCUGGUGGUACGGAAUCUUGCAUCCAUCCCCUGACCUUUGCCGGUUUCGGAAGAGCAAGGUCCCUCUCCACGGCCUAUAACAACGACCCCCACGCCAGCUGUCGUCCCUUCGACCGCGACCGCAACGGUUUCGUCGUCUCGGAGGGGUCGGCAGUGAUGGUCUUGGAGGAGCUCGAACACGCCAAGGCCCGGGGCGCCAAUAUCUACGCAGAGGUGAGGGGAUACGGCUGCAGCGGCGAUGCGCAUCACAUGACGGCCCCUCGGGAGGAUGGUCACGGAGCCUUCCGCGCCAUGAAGCUUGCGCUGAAGAAUGCCGGCGUCCGGCCGGCCGAGGUAAGCUACAUCAACGCGCACGCCACGGGAACGCAAGUGGGCGAUGCGGCGGAAGCCUCGGCGAUACGACGCAUCAUGACGGGCGACGAGGGCUACGCGGACGAAUCGCAGGUCACGGUGAGCAGCACCAAAGGUGCCGUCGGGCAUUUGCUAGGGGCAGCUGGCGCCAUCGAGGCCCUGUUUGCCGUCUUAUCGGUUGCAGAGAACAUUGUGCCGCCCACGCUCAAUCUCGAGAACCCUAACGUCGGGGGUUCCAUGAAUUUGGUGCCCCUCCAAGCACAGGCGAAACAGGUUAACGUUGCCAUCUCCAACAGCUUUGGUUUUGGUGGGACGAAUGCCUCACUGGUUUUCUCCAAGCUUUGCUAG